AUGACCAAUAAUACACUGAAGCAGCUUGUGAAAUAUCAUCCGAAUCACCCAGAGCCAACACUUGUUGUCGAGCCUUUCGGUUUUAUUAAAGAUAUUAAAUAUGUUGAUCUAGAUCCAGUUAAUCAUCAGAACUGGAGAAAUGAAGUGGAAAUGAAAGAAGCUAGAUAUGCUGACGAGCUGAAAAUUCUUAAAGAUUUCAAAACUACUAAGAAUGAGUGGUAUGUAAAAGAAACUGGAAGAAGACGUAGAAUGGCAACUCCUAUUGUUCGUGAAGGUGAAGGAUCUUCUUCGCAACCUAAGAAGAAACAAAAGAAAGCUGCUCAAACAUUGUUAAUAGAUGAACCUGAAGAAGAUAAUCCUGUGGUUUCUGUUGAGAAAGAACAAGUUGUAACUGCUAAAGACGAUCCAUUUAAUGUUGAUCAAUUGUUUGAUGCAGAUGUUUUGGAAACAGGGCCAGAAAUUGUUGCUGAUGUUAAUAAAGUGGUAAAUGUUGAAAGUCAGAAAGAGAAAGAGAAGAUUGUUGAAGAUGUUGAGGUAGAUGAUGUGAACAAAGAUACUUCAAGUUCAUCAAGUUCUUCAGAUGAUGGUAUUGAUGAGAUUGAAAGUCGAAAAAGAAUUCAAGAGGAGAUAGAAAAAGAGAAGCUGUUAAGAAAGAGAAAGAGACAGGAAAAGGACGAUGAUGAUGUUUAUGUGCCUUCUCCAGAACAUGUCUCAGGAUCACAAUCUCCUCCUGGUGGGAGAAAGAAAGCUGGAGCUCGUAAGAAAGUUGUUUCUCCAAAGUUACGCAAAGAUAAUCUUUUAGAUGUUGGAGAUUUUGAUUUUGCCAACACUUCACAAGUCAGAAAUGUUGAAAAGAAAGUUGAAGAAGUUGUUGCUGAGAACAAGAGGCUAGCAGCUGAAAACAAGAAAGUGUCUGACCGUGAAAAGAAUCUAGAGAUGAGAGUAAAGAAGCUGGAGAUGGAAAACAAAGAGUUGGUGAAAAGGAUUGACUCUGAUCAAUCAGAAAUAGACAUUUUGAAGGUUAGAAUUGCUGAACUUGAAGAAGAGAAGACAAGACGUGAUGAACAGAAUGAAUACUUUAAGUUGAAGAACAAAGAAUUUGAAGUAGCUAAAGCACUAAGAGAUCACGAGUUCUAUACGCUGAACAAAGUUGUUGAAAGCAUGCUUGGAACAUCGGUAGAACAAAAGUUUGAAAAGCUGCAGAAUUGA